AGAGGCCUGACUGUCUCAGGUUACAGACAGCACAGGAGCCAGAGCGAGAGCAAGCGACUGACCGACGGACGAGAGGAGAGAGGGAGCGAGAGAAGAGAGAGAGAUACGAAACGGAGCGAGAGAAGAGAGAGAAGAACAGAGAGAUACGAGAGGAGAGGGAGAGAGAGAAGAACAGAGAGAAGAGAGAGAAAAGAGAGAGGAGAGAGAGAAAAGCGUCUGUUUCUCUGCGGCGUGACGGUUUCUAUGGAGCUGUGGACACAGAGGGAUGGACAUGUGCUGGUCCUUGCAACGCUGCUGGCUAGUGCCGUGUUCGGAGACGUGUCGUCUGCCAUCAACGUGACGGUGGUUCCGUCUCCCGUGGUGACGGUGGCGGAGGGGGCGAACGUGACCCUGACGUGUCGGGUGGCUCAGCGACGGCGCUCGAGCAGCUUGCCCGUGGUGCGCUGGAUGUUCGCUCCGGAACACGCCGGCGUUGCCGACGGAGACGAGAUCCUGGUGGCGCGCGUCAACAUGCGGCGCGCCAAGUUCUACGGGAACUACACCAAGAGCUUCAGCGCCCCCAAGCUGCGGCUGACGGUAGUGAAGCAGGGCCACACGUACGAGCUGCUGCUCCUGGAGGCGGCGGCUGGUGACCGCGGGACCUACACCUGCCGCGCACAGGAGUUCCGCAGACACAAGGACCGCUGGAAGGCCUCCACCAACAGCUCGGCUUCCACAGAGCUCAGAGUGCACGUUCACCCAGCCAGUGUCCCCAGAGAUGCCCUGUGGAGUCUGUUUGAAGAUGUAUACCUGUGUGCAGUACUCAUCUGCUCUGUGGGGUUGGUGUGUGUGUGCCUGUUCACUGUGGUCGUCUGCUGUCAGUAUUUACAGAGGAAGAGGAAAAUAAAAGAGAACUACCAUCUAGUCAAGAGCCCCCAGAACAGCUCUGGCGAGGUGGUCACCAGUGAGGUCAGUGUGUCUCCUGCUCUCCCUAAGAAGGAGAGGAAGUACAAGAACAGACUACACACACAGCAGGACACACCACCAGAGAUACCCGCCAAAGCUCCCAUUGGGGAGAAGAUGCGGAACCCCAAACUCAUAAAGGUUCCUCCGAGGAACCUCCUCCUGCCCAAGAUUGUGGAGGAGUCCCUGACCUACGCAGAGUUGGAACUGGUCAAGGCUCCGCCCAACGGCAAGGCCAACAGCUCCGGCACCGUCUACGCACAGAUCCUAUUCGAGGAACAACACGUGUAAACACAAACAAACAACAAACAAACAAACAAUGGAACUCUGCUGGUCCCUACUCGCAACAUAUUUAUAAUGUAUUUGACUAUUUUAUGGACAUUAUACUGGACUAAUGACUUCUAACAUUCAUGGAAUUGUUUUAAUAGCUCUGUUUUGUUAUGUUCUCUGAGAGUGUACAGUUGUGUACUGUGUCACUGUGUGAUUUGAUGUGAAGCGUUGUGUAGCUUCAGUGAAGACAGAAGACUGAAUUGAUACUUUA